CCCUUCAUCUCUCUAACUUCUUUCUCUUUAAUAAAUCAUCAUCAUUCACAUGACGCAAUAUGCACACAUCUUUUCUCUCUCUCUCUCUCUCUUCUCGCGGCCGCCAUCUAUGCAUAAACACAACACAACGCAUGAUUGUUGUGUCAGGAGAGAGAUAAAGAACCUUCUCUCUCUAGCUUUUGGGGAUCUAUAUAACAGACAGUGUCUCCCUUUGUUCUCUUUGUCCCUCUACCUUCUAUACACAGUAGCGUCUCUCUCUCUCUCUCUCUCGAUUAACUCUGCAUCUCAACACUCCUUCCCAAAAGCAAGCAAUCAAUGGAGAGGCUAAACUCGAAGCUGUAUGUGGAGAACUGUUUCAUAAUGAAAGAGAAUGAGAGGCUAAGGAAGAAAGCUGAGCUUCUGAACCAAGAAAAUCAACAGCUUCUGGUUCAACUCAAACAGAAACUCUCCAAGGCUAACAAGAACCCUAAUGGAUCAAACAAUGACAACAAUGUCUCUUCAUCAAGCUCUGCUUCUGGACAAUCCUGAAUUAUAAUUAAGAAAUGUUAGAGCAAAGAAUCUGGAAUUGGAAGAAAAAAAGACUCAACCGUAUGGACUUUUUCUUUGGUUAUUUCAUUUGGUGUUAAUGUAGGGAAGAUAGUAGUAGUAUCCAGUAGUUUUUAAUGAAAGAAGAUUCUCUUCUAUUACAAGAAGACAGUAUCUCUGUGUUAGUCUUCUCAGUCAUAUUUUACUUUGUUUCUGUUUUCGAUGUUAAUUAAAGAACUUUCUUUGCUUU